UAACAUCACCCCACAUAUAUUGUACUAUAUAAACUGUCCCCAAACCAUACACAAGACCAGGUGCAAACCAAAGAAAGAAACCUCAAACCCAAACAAACAUACAUAUGGCCUACAUCACCAAGCUUGAUGUUGGCACCACCAUGACCUCAGUAGAUUGCCAGAAACAAGUUCGUUCAUGGAGCCUUCUACGCUCACUCAUUCAACUACUAAUCCCCACUUGCAACUGCACCUUAGUAGAACAAGAACAAGACUACAACAACACUUCAAAAAACUGUCACCAAAACUAUCCAUCAUCGUAUUCACUCAUGUCAUCUACAACAAUCACCGGCACUAUAUUCGGAUACCGUAAAGGAAAAGUAAGUUUCUGUAUCCAAUCCAACCCCAACUCCACCAACCCAAUUCUUCUCCUAGAACUAGCUAUCCCUACAAGUGUUUUAGCAAAGGAAAUGAGAGGAGGAACUUUAAGAAUUGUGCUUGAAAGUGUCACCUCAGGCUCUUGCAGUAACAGUGAUAAUAACCUGUUUUCAACUCCUCUGUGGAUUAUGUACUGUAAUGGAAGGAAAGUUGGGUAUGCUGUUAAGCGUAAGCCUUCAAGAAGUGAUUUUGAAGCAUUGAGUUUGAUGCGAUGUGUUUCUGUGGGUACUGGUGUUAUAAAUGGAAAGGAGGGUCGUAAAGAAGAUGAUCAACUUAUGUUUCUUAGAGCUAAUUUUGAAAGGGUUCGUGGUUCAUCUAAAACUAAUUGCGAAUCUUUUCAUUUGAUUGAUCCUGAAGGAAGCAUUGGCCAAGAGCUUAGUAUUUUCUUUUUCCAACCUAGGUGAAGUUCCUGCAUGUCUCGUAGGUUGUUUUUCGUGAGGUUUUGUCUGUGUUGAAUCUUUUCUGAUUCAUCAAGAUAUAAUAGGUUAGAGAGAGAGAGAGGAUGUUUAUAAACUGUAUUUAGUCUCGAUUGUUGAUUAAUGUUGGAUUUUUGUUGUUGAAGUAGACUAGCUUCAAUCAUUCAACAUGAUUAAUUGUCCCUUUUUGAGCUGUG